CGCGUGGACCAAACAUAUUUCUAUUCAGUUUGAACUGCAAUGAGUUUGACAGAAAUUAAACAGAAAGAAGGCAAAGCUAAGAAGAAUGUGCUGCCCAAGCUGCGCACUCUAUUGGCCAAUCCAUAUAAACAGCACAGCCCCGUGCUGCCCGAAAGCGAGUUGCUGGAACUGCAACAAAUAUUUAAAUCUACUUUAAAUGAAAGUGCUCAUACACAGCAAAAAUUUGUGACCCAGAAUCACAUACACCUGGGCUUGGAAAGCUCACUACGGGCUAUUAAUGGACGGCGGUUCUCCUGCGUUUUCAUUUCUCUCAGCUUAAGGCCUUCCCACCUAGUGCGUCUUAUUGCAACCACAGCUAGUGUCAAAGUUCCAACAGCUCCCAUCUAUGCGCAACCCAAAUUGGAGGAUCUCACACAUGAGAUAUUUGGAGUACGAGCGUUAGCGCUAGUAUUGCCGAUAGACCUAAACAGCAUAAGCUCCAAAUUGGCCAAAUGGGUGGAAGUCCGAAAAAAACCUGUGGUCAAAAAAGUCGUAAAGCCUGCCUCCAAAAAGACUGGAAAGAAACGCAAGGCGAUAGAACAAGUUCUUAUUAAUACAGAAAAUGAACCACAAGCGGUAAAGACAGCUCCAACAGAAGAAAAGGAAUGGAGUGGUGAUUACAUAUCGUGUGCAAGUGAUGGAGCCGUAUUAAGGAUUAGCCAAUUGGAUGCGCAAACAGAGGCGGAGCAGUUAAGCAUAGCGCUUAGCAAGCUUGGCAAGAAAAGUGCAAAUAAAACAGAAAUACCGGAUGUCAAAAAUACGAAACCGGAAGAAGACAAUGAAAUAAUAACAUUGGCAGCUAAUGAGCCAAUGGAAGUAGAUACAGCUGAGGCUGCCGAAGACGAUGAAUUUCUGCCUGCUGAGCUGACAAAUUAUCAGCCGUUAACUCAGCAUCUGAUCUGUGCGAAUCCAAACAAGAAACCCAAAAAGAAACGAAACAAAAACAAAAAGCAAACAAACCAACCGCCACAAAAAAAAUCCAACUGAUGGUUGGCAACGCCAACAGCUA